AUGAUCAUCGAACUUACAUCUUUAAAAAUUGAGCUUUCUCUUGAAAAACGCUAUGAAAUUGUAUUUCUACGUGAACAUCCAGCUGGUCCAAUGUUCAGUUUUGGACAAAUAGCUAAAGUGGUCCGCUGUAGUAAAUCUACAGCUAUUUUUUGGGUUAAAAAAUAUCAUGAAAAUCGUGAUCUAAGUAUUGCAGAAAGACUAGCCACUCAAAUACAAAAAAAUAUAAAAGAACAUGAUGUUAGGAUUAGUGUAGAGACUGUCAGACGACAUCUUCGUGAAUCUGGAGGUAAGUUUACUAAUGAAAUUUCUAAACCUUUGCUUACAGAAGCAUAUCAGAAGAAGCGGCUGCAAUGGGCAAAAAAACAUAAGAAUUUUGAUUGGAAUCAAGUUGUUUUUACAGAUGAGAGAUUUGGUAAGUUAUAUAGCUUUCAAAGGAACCUUAAUGCUAAUUUUAUAUAUACUAUUUAUGAGCAAGGUCUUCUGACUUCCACUUCUAAGCUUUUUGGAAAAGGUAACAUAGACUGGAUCUUGCAAGAGGAUAAUGAUCUAAAAUACCGGUCAAAAAUCGCAAAAAAAUGGAAGGAAGAAAAUAGUAUUAAGGAACUUUCUUGGCCAUUAAUAUCUCCGGAUCAAAAUCCUAUAGGAAAUAUGUGGUGGUUAAUGAAAUUAAUAUACAAAAAAAAAUCCAGUCAGUUAGAGGUUUGA